AUUGCUUGUGGUUGGUUGCGUAAAUGAAUCAAUAAGUGAAUGUCUGGGUCAACGUCAUUCUCCCUCCCGCCAAAUAUGGUGUGAUACGGAUGUUCAAAGGUUUUCCAGCCGGCGCCGCCCAUGCCCUCUCCUCAAAGUUGAGUUGAAAAGGCCACCGUAAAGUUUAUAACAAAGCACGCUGCCCCAAAUAUUCCAGGGGCGGUUGAGGAUCGAUCGAGUUCCGAAACAAGCACUAACAGAUCGUCGUUGUCAAGCCUGGGGAAAAAACACUUUGAAGUUACAGUCGCGUCGUUCAUCAGUCAAGAGAGUCGACAAUGAGUGAACCACAGACGACAACAACGGAAGAGCCAAAGUCACAGGCGCCACCUGAUUAUCAGCAGUCUUCUCCAGAACAAUACCCCAUUCAGGCUCCGCCCAUGAUGCAGCAAGGUCAGCCAAUGAUGCAGCAAGGUCAGCCAAUAAUGACGCAGCCAGGUCAGCCAAUGAUGCAGCAAGGUCAACCAAUGAUGCAGCAAGGUCAGCCAAUAACGAUGCAGCCAGGUCAGCCAAUGAUGCAGCAAGGUCAGCCAAUGAUGCAGCAAGGUCAGCCAAUGAUGCAGCAAGGCCAACCAAUGAUGCAGCAAGGUCAACCAAUGAUGCAGCAAGGUCAAAUGGCACCAAUGCAUUCCCAAACUACCAGUAGUACAAACGUGGUAUUGAUCAACCAGCAGCCUGUUACUGCCCGUGCUGCCCCACGAGAGUGGAGUACAGGAUUGUGUGGCUGCUGUGACGACUGUGAAACUUGUUGGUAUGCGAUUUUCUGUGGAAAAUAUUUGUUGUGUGACCUUUCUCAACGUCUAGGAGAGGGCAGAUGCUUCGUCUGUUGUUGCCCCUUUCCUCUUCUUAGCCUCAGGAUAAAAUUCAGAACUGAACAAAACAUCAAGGGAUCACUGUGCAAUGACUACUUGACGGUUGAAUUCUGCGCUCCUUGCGCCUUGUGUCAGCUGGCGAGGGAGAUUGACCACGUUCAACGCAUACAAAGAGUCAAUUGAGGUUGUAAGUCACAUGGUAACUAAACCUUGUUCGCUAAUUUUCAGCAAUUUCGUUUACAGUCUAGCUUGAUAGUAGAGUAGCAAUACGUAAUGGCGUUUUAUCGUUUUUCUGCCAGUUAUAUAAUCAGCAUUUUAUUCUAUCUUAUUUUGAAACCGUUAAAAG